CACCUUGAAUUCUGGUGACCUACUUGUAUCUCAUCUCGCCACCUCCCGCUCAUUCCUUUAUCCUGCACCUUCUGGCCUGCAGAGUAUGCGCGCCUAGUCUCGCCCUCUCUGACUCGCCGCGCGGGAGUUUCUUACUGCCAAGUGUCAUCCGCGCCGGACCCUCGGAGGUUCAUGAUCGAGUCGCAAUGGCUACUCAACUAAUGGGCGAGGCCGUCCACGCCCUGCUUCGGCGAGCGGCGGAAGACACAGAUCCCGAUGAUUCUCCUGAAGCAGGAUCCAAGGAGAUUACUAGCUCCUGGGCGCUGUUUAUUAUGAUUAUGUUGUUGAUGUUCGCCCUGUUCACGAGUUACAUCCUUCAGCAAAGGAAGAUUCAAGCUGUCCACGAAACAGUAUUAUCGAUUUUUGCGGGAAUGUUUGUUGGGCUCAUCAUUCGCCUGUCGUCCAAGUCCAACCUUCAGGACAGCGUCGCCUUCGACUACCAAUUCUUCUUUAACCUCCUCCUCCCCCCGAUUAUCCUCGCUUCCGGAUACGAGCUCCAUCAAGCGAAUUUCUUCCGGCAUAUCGGUACAAUCCUUACCUUUGCCUUCGCCGGCACUUUUAUCUCCGCCAUCGUUCUCGGCCUGGUAUUGUACCUCUGGACACGGAUCCCGCUGGACGGGCUCAACAUCUCCUUUGUCGAGGCGAUUUCUGUGGGCGCGACACUAUCAGCUACCGAUCCUGUGACCAUUCUUGCUAUCUUCAAUCUGUACAAGGUCGAGCCGAAGCUUUACACGGUGAUUUUUGGUGAGGCGCUUUUGAACGAUGCUAUUGCUAUUGUGCUUUUCGAGACUGCGCAGAAGUACGCGGAAACCGAUGCUGGCUCUCUGACCUUUUUGAACCUGUUUGAGGCUGGUGGGCUCUUCUUGCUUGUGUUCUUUGGUAGUAUGCUGGUUGGUAUUAUUGUUGGUAUCGCUACGGCGCUGGGACUCAAGUACACUUUGGUCCGGCGGAUGCCGAAGAUCGAGAGUUGUCUGAUCGUCCUGAUUGCUUACGCCAGCUACUUCUUUUCUAAUGGCGUGCAUUUGUCUGGAAUUGUGUCGCUCUUGUUCUGUGGUAUCACAUUGAAGCAUUACGCCUACUAUAACAUGUCUCGCCGAACACAGUUGACCACGAAAUACCUGUUCCAGGUGAUGGCGCAGCUAUCGGAGAAUUUUAUCUUCAUCUAUCUUGGACUGGAUCUGUUUGUCGAGUCGAACCUGCAUUUCAACCCGCUAUUCAUUCUAGUGUCAGUUUUUGGCAUUUGUCUUGCCCGCUACCUUGCUGUGUUCCCUCUGUCAAAGGCCAUCAAUUGGUUCAUUCGCUACCGAGCUCGGCGCCGUGGUAUCGAAGUCGCCGAUGAGUUGCCAUUCGCCUAUCAAGCGAUGCUUUUCUGGGCCGGUCUGCGUGGUGCUGUCGGUGUUGCACUGGCAGCCGGCCUUUCCGGCGUUAACGCCCCUACUCUGCGAGCCACAGUUCUAGUGGUUGUCGUGUUGACCGUGAUUAUCUUCGGAGGCACCACGGCGCGCAUGUUGGAGAUUUUGGGUAUUCGAACCGGAGUCGUCGAGGAGAUUGAUUCCGACGACGAGUUCGACAUUGAAGUCACUCACGGUGGUACAUACUACAAGCGCUCCGAUACUGCACUUGGCUACACGCCCCGGCGUACCGAGUCCGGCAUCCCUCUCGACGGAGUCAACCAACCAACGCGCGGUGGCAUCGAUCGAGCAGACAGCUACUCAACCGGCAGCAACCGUCGGCCCAGCCCACCACACGGCCAUACCCGAAUGUACUCAGCAGCCUACAGCCCCAAGGACGCCCAAUCCCGACGCGAUCGCUCAUCAACCGCAAUCCUCCUCAACGGCGGCCCAGGCCCAAGCAGCCGAAGCAUCAGCAGCGGCGGCAGCGACGACGAAUUUGGCCUCCCACCCACAGGCAAGAGCCGCGCAGGCCAAGUCGCCCACCCCGACGAUUUCGAUCUCGAUCUGGACGGUCUCUCAGACGACGACCUCCCACCCGCCGCAAGCAGUGCAUCGCGUCUUCGCCGUCAAUCUUCCCACCCUUCAGUAGGCACACAUACACCCUCACCAAACCCCAUAUCUGCCAGCGUCUCCCCGGCCCGGCAACCGCAAGGCCUUAGCGCCCGCGAAGCCCUGCGAGAUCUCUGGCAAGGCGGUGCCUCGGGCGACCACGCCGCGUGGUUCCGUCAACUCGACGAGGAUUACAUCAAGCCGAAACUACUGCUUGAUCAGUCGAACCACAAGGGACCUGGUGCGGUCUGAUGAAGGGUGGAUAUUUCUUUUCUUUUCUGCUUUUGGUUGGUUUGGUUCGGUUUUGAUACCUUGGGAAUUGGAGGGAGAGUAGACGGAUAACACAGAUACCUUGGCCCGUCAUUUACUCCUCUUUUUCCUGUUGCAUGAGCACGUAAGUGUGCCUACAAUAUGAAUGUAUAUUUAGCCUGUGCUUUUGGACUUGGGGCUCCGUUUUUUUGCAUUGACGUAUUAAGAAAUUUUGGUCUUUUGUUUUGAGGGUAGCUUUUCUGGUUGAUGGCUGGUCUGGACUGGACUGGGUUUGUUGUGGCCCUGGUGGCUGCAGUCCAGGGGUUUGUUGUAUGUUGUUUAGACUUGAAUUUUGGGCACUGGCUGGCUGGACCCCGGGGGGCGGGGGCAGAGAAGAAAGUACUUGAGGGUUUUCGUGGUGCAGUCUGGGUUAGAAUCGUCUAUAAAAUGAUUUAGCUGUCAAAGAUCGUUUUUGAGUACGAUGAAUCUGAAUUCAUCCAUCUAC